GGGCCUUUGAAGGCUGCAUGGGAGCGUCACUGAGAUUUCAGAGAAAAUGGGCAAAAAAAAAAGAGAAGGACAACCUACGGUCGCCUCAAGGCGGUGGGAGGCGGUGGGCGAGAAGUCGAGCAAUCGGACGCGCACUUCCUUCCAAACGCCAAGGCCGAGUCCGACCACAAAGGCUCAUGCCCGAACAACGUGGUCAACAAUGAGAUACCCAAGAGGACAUGGAAGAAGCAUGAGAAGAGGUCAGGCACAGACAGAGUUUCCACAGGACGGUUUUGCAACGAGGUGAUACGAAU